UAUUUUUGGUGAACCCGAACAAUCACAAAACUCCCUAAAAUAGCUUAUAAGCCUCUUCUCCUCUCUCGCAUCCAUGUUUUUUUUAAUUUGGAAAGAAAGUAUAAUAAAAUGGUCGUGGGCAAGGGAAAGGGGAGUAAGAGGUUUAGAAGCAAAAAAUGCCAUGUUGCCCAAGGGUUGUGCAAUUCAAGGAUGGUGUGUUCCUCUUGAAGGGAGAAGUUAUCACGUUUGAUGCCAGGCCUCAAGUAAUUGGUCCACCAGAGCAUACAACUCUUGUCGCACCUCAACUUUCCUACAAUCACCAAUUUCACUGCUAAAAAAUCCUCAGCUUGUGUCGAACAAUAAUACACACACAUGACACAACCACAACAAGUGAUUACCUGGUGUGGCGCCGGCGAGUGGCGACGGGCGAUCGGUGAGUGUGCGACAAGCGCUGGAGGAGGCAAGUGCGACAGGUUCUACGUGCUAGAGCUUCGGUGGAAGACGAUGGCGGAUCCUGCGCUGGAAGGCCUGCUGCGCAGCGACGGCGAUGGGUUGUUCUUCGAGAAGGGUUUCGGCGAGAUUGGAGAAGGUUGGGCGCCGAUGGAGGAUGGAGAUGAAGGGAAUUAGUGAUUGCGGGGGAAUUGGUUGGAAGCGACAGCCCGAUAACCCCCUUCCCCCUUUUUUUUGGUCCAAAAUACUCAAACGACGUCGUUUUGAGUGAGUGGC